UGGGUUCCUGAAGUGCGACAUCAUUGCCCUAAAGUGCCUUUCCUUUUGGUUGGCACCCAAGUGGAUCUUCGAGAUGACGGAGCCACCAUUAACAGUCUUAAAAACAACAAACAGAAAGUUAUGUCCACUGCUGAUGGUGAGCGGUUGGCACGUGAGGUAAAGGCCGUGAAAUAUGUUGAAUGCUCAGCCCUAACCCAGAAAGGAUUGAAGAACGUCCUAGACGAAGCUAUCCUCGCCGCUCUGGAUCCACCAAAGGAACCAUCGUCAAAACGAUGCUGCGUGGUUUAA